GAUGAUGAUAAAAAUGUAUUCCCUCUUAGAGAACGAUUCCUCACCAAUCUCCACUUCACAUUCACUCUAAAACAGCAUAUAAAAAGAAACGGGCACCAGAGAAUUAAAUUGUUUUAACUUAUGCAGAUAUUUUAACUCUCAGGAAACAACGGCAAAAGCACUCACCUUACGGGCUGCAUUUCCCCCCCACAUAAACUACAGUGUUUACUCGGAAGUAGCUUACUCUUAGGGAGGUGUAUAGGAUUGUAGCCUUAGGCUGUACACUUUUACCUGGGAGUAAGCCUCAACUCAAUGAACUUCAUAGGACUUCUGGGCAGGUAUGAAUAUGUAUGAGUAUGUAAGAAGAUAUUUUCUUUAUUUAUGGUCCGAGAAUUGUACAAAUCUAUCCAACAGGGGUCCUGGUAAUUCCUCUCUAAUAAAUUUCCUAUAUGCUAUUGAGAAGGGCGGUAGCAGACAGGUGAUCUGAGCUUUAUUGUAGUAUGCACUGGUGUUCUUCGGAAACAAAUGGGUACAAUAGGAACAAUAGUUUUACACGACGAGAAGAAAAUACAAGCGAUUAUUGGUGCACAGUGGAACCAAUCAGAAGCCUUCCUCGCGGCUAUGAAUGACGUUGAGAAGAGAGAAAAAGAAGACCUGGCUUUUCGCCUUUAAGCCUAGGCCUUACUAGUCACUUGCCGAGCUAGCCAAACGGCUCCACGAAACAGGGCGAAGGCGAUCCUGAGCCACGUGGGACCGGCGGUGCUAAUCUUGGAGAGGGAAGAAGUCCUUUCAACUCCGGAUUUCUGCUGGAGAUAUUACUGUCUCGGGCCUUUGAAAUGGCGCAACUCCAGGCUCGCUUCUUCACUGAUGACACAAGAUACAUUGUAGAUGAUGUUCCUUUCUCUGUCCCAGCUGCUGCUGAAAUUGCUGAUCUCAGUAAUGUUAUCAACAAAUUACUGGAAGCAAAAAAUGAGGGCCACAAAUAUGUGGAAUUUGAUUUCCUUAUCAGGGGGCAGUUCUUUCGCAUGUCCCUGGUCAAACACAUGGAAAUGGAAAAUAUCUCAACGGAAGAAGUAGUAGAAAUAGAGUAUGUUGAAAAGUACACCGCACCUCAGCCUGAGGAAUGUAUGCUACAUGAUGACUGGAUCAGUUCUGUUGAAGCUACAGAAGAAUGGAUCUUGACAGGCUCCUACGAUCAGACUUCUCGGAUCUGGUCAGCAGAAGGCAAACCAAUAAUGACGCUAGUUGGCCAUGUAGAUGUGGUGAAAGAUGUAGCCUGGGUUAAAAAAGACAGUUUGUCAUGCUUGCUGCUCAGUGCUUCUAUGGACCAGACCAUCCUUUUGUGGGAAUGGAAUGUAGAAAAGAACAAAGUGAAGGCCCUUCACUGCUGCAGAGGACAUGCAGGAAGUAUAGAAUCUAUAGCUGUGGACAGCUCAAGGACUAAAUUUUGCAGUGGAUCCUGGGAUAAGAUGCUAAAGAUCUGGUCUGCAGUGUGUACAGAUGAAGAGGAUGAAGUGGAAAUUGAGGAAGUAGCAAACAGGCCGAGGAAAAAGCAGAAAACUGAGCAGUUGGGACUAAUAAGAACUCCUGUUGCAACUCUCUCUGGCCAUACAGAAUCAGUCUCUUCUGUACUUUGGUCAGAUACAGAUGAAAUAUGCAGCGCUUCAUGGGACCACACAGUCAAGAUAUGGGAUGCUGAAACAGGAGGCCUCAAAUCAACUUUGACUGGAAACAAAGUGUUUAACUCUAUAUCCUACUCACCAUUGUGUCGGCGUUUAGCCUCUGGAAGCACUGACAGACACAUUAGAUUAUGGGAUCCUCGCACCAAAGAUGGUUCUUUGGUACUGGUUUCUCUUACCUCACAUACUGGCUGGGUGACAUCAGUGAAGUGGUCACCCACACAUGAACAGCAGCUCAUCUCUGGUUCUUUAGACAACUUUGUCAAACUCUGGGACACAAGAAGUUGCAAGGCUCCUCUCUAUGACUUGGCUGCUCAUGAAGACAAGGUUUUGUGUGUGGAAUGGACAGAAGCAGGGUUGCUGUUGAGUGGUGGUGCAGACAACAAGCUGUAUUCCUACAGAUACAGAGCAACCACCUCUGAUGAUGGAGCAUGAAAGUGAAGAAAAGGAUAAUGAGAGAGAACUCUUUUGCUACACGUUCUUCCAACUUAUCAUACACAGCUGUACAAAAUGUGCUAUUUCAUAGUAUUAUAAAUUAUGUGUGUAUUUUGCCCUGGGACAAUAUUAGUUUCCUGCUCUUUGUUUUGAGGCUGGGUGGCAGAUUAGGGCAGUUUAAUUUUAAAGCGUUCUCCCUAUACUUAAGUAGCCAUAGGAAGAAACCCUGUGUUAAUAAAGCAUAAAUAUGCUUAACUAUUAAGUAGAUUUAGAUCCUCCGUGGCGCAGAGUGGUAAGCGGCGGUAGCGCAGCCGAAGCUCUGCUCACGGCCGGAGUUCGAUUCCAACGGAAGGAGGAAGUCGAAUCUCUGGUAAAAGGGGUCGAGGUCCACUCAGCUUUCCACCCAUCCGUGGUCAGUAAAAUGAGUACCUGGCAUAUGCUGGGGGGUAAAGAAAGGCCGGGGAAGGAACUGGCAAUCCCACCCCAUAUAUACGGUCUGCCUAGUAAAAGUCGCAAGACAUCACCCUAAGAGUCAGAAAUGACUCGCACUACAAGUGCGGGGACACCUUUACCUUUUUAUUAAGUAGACUUAACAUUUUAUAAAAAUGUUUAUUAAAAUAUCUUCCUUUUUUUUUUUUUUGGUAACUAUAUUUUUUUAGUCAGUUAUGAUACUAAGCUUUGUAACUUCCAUUAGUUCCAACAGGUUUUGCCACUGAAAAUCUGUUGAAGCUGCUGCAGAGGGAUGGUGCUUAAGAUCUCAAUGAAAUAACUCUUCCGUAACAUGCUUAUAAUACCAUUUGACAUACUUUGUUUAAAAGUCAGGACAUUUUCUUUGGCUAGGAUUCAACUUGUUCUGUAGGUACGAGGGCACUGUGGAUUGCCUCUAUGGUCUGAGGCAGUAUGCUUGUGCUCAGGUUCUGCUUGCAGAUUUCCUCUGGGCAUCUGGCUGGCCACCAUGAGAACAGAAUGCCGAUCUAGAUGGGCAGAGCUGCUCUUAUUUGAAUUUCUUAAACAUCAGCUCAUGUUGCACAUCAAAUCACUUUUUGGACCUUAAGGGACAUGUAGAUUUAUUUAAUUAAUUAAUUUAUAUCCUGCCCUUUCUCCUAGUAGGAGCCCAGGCGGCAAACAAAACACUAAAAAUACUUUAAAACGUCUUAAAAACAAACUUUAAAAAAUAUUCUAAAAGGUUUAAAAACAUCUUAAAAAGCAAUUCCAGCACAGCCUGGGAUAAGGUCUCUACUUAAAAGGCUUGGUGAAAGAGGAAGGUCUUCAGAAGGCGCCAAAAAAAUAACAGAGAUAGUGUCUGUGUGAAAUUUUGCUGUUUAGAAGGUCAUCUUUUUAAAAAGCAUUAUUUUGAGGGCAAUUUGUUGAGACUGCAUGCUGGAAGUAGUUGGGGCCACAGCUAUUAGUGAGUGGAAUACCCCCAUCUCUCUCAUCUUCCUUUUUCCUCAACUUUUCCCUGUCUUUGCCACCCACAUGAAAUUAGGCCAAGGGCUGCAGGUUACAUGCCCCUGCUGUAGACACACUUGUGCCUGAAGUUAGUCCUUUUGAUCUCUACCUUCAGAUCAUAUUUCUUACAAGUACUGACAUGUCUUCAAUGUAAGAGACUAAACAAAACAGUUCCAACUUUCCAGUCUGGCUGAGAGUUUAACACCUUUGUAGAGAAAGUUGCUCUACAUUAUUUUGUAGUACUUUGAUAUUUUCUCUUGGUUAAAGAACAGUCGUACUAGAGUUUUUGGGGUGGCAGGACUUGCUCCCUUGUUUUCUUUCUCCAUGUGUAUAUUACAACUUCCAUUCUCCUUGUAGCACUUCUCUUUGAUCAAGCUGUUGUCACAUAUAUUAAGCAUAUAUGCAAAUACUUCCUGCAGGUAAGGAGUGAUUGUGCAUCAGAUUUCAAGAACUCUAUUUGUUUAGACUAGAGUGAUUUUAGUGUUUGGACAAGGUCAUGUUUAUAUUAAUUAAGACUCUUGGUGAUUGGGAAUGUUUCAAAUUGGGCACAAUUACUGUUGAAUGUGACAUCACACAACUCAUUUUUUUCUCUAUAGAACAGCACCUGAUAAGAGGAGAGUCUGGUGUACAUUAAGGAUUAAUAAAAACAGGGAACAGGCUUGUACCAAUAUUUCUUAUAGAUCAUAGAAUCAUAGAGUUGGAAGGGGCCUAUAAGGCCAUCAAGCUCAACCCCCUGCUCAAUGCAGGAAUCCAAUUUAAAGCAUACCCAGCAGGCACCUGUUCAGCUGCCUCUUGAAUGUCUCCAGUGUUGGAGAGCCCACCACCUCCCUAGGUAAUUGGUUCCAUUGUCAUGCCACUCUUAACAGUUUUUCCUGAUGUUCAUUUGAAAUCAGUUGGCUUCCUAUAACUUGAGUCCAUUAUUGUGUCCUGUACUCUGGGACGAUUGAGAAGAGUUCCUGACCCUCUGUCUGGCAACUUUUCAAGUGCUUGAAGAGUGGGAUCAUAUCUCCCCCCUCAGUCUUCUCUUCUCCAGGCUAAACAUGCCCAGUUCUUUCAGUCUCUCCUCAUAAGGCUUUGUUUCUAGUCCCCUGAUCAUCCUCAUUGCCCUCCUCUGAACCCAAUCCAGUUUGUCUGCAUCCUUCUUAAAGUGCAGUGUCCAGAACUGGAUGCAGUGCUCAAAAUGAGGCCUAACCAGUGCUGAAUAGAGGGGAACCACUUCUUCAGUGUAGAUGCCUGUAUUUCUUUUGGCCAAAUCUAGAGAAUCUCAAAUGGGAAAACUGAUGGCUAUCUUUCUCAGGAAUGGUAAAAGCAGUUAGCCAAGAGAUUUUUAUAGGAGAAAAGGGAUAAGAAAGCUCCCCUAGCCAUACACUACAAAUUCCAGCUUUAGGACUUGUUCUGUCCAGGAAGUAGCUGCCUUUCUCCACAUUUAUCAGCAAUUCAUUGAAUUUUUUUUCAAAUCCUAUUUACUCCAAAUCUAGAAGAUACUUAUUUCGACUGUUUGUGUUAAUCAAGCAGGUUAAAUAUUGUUUAAGGGUUACAGAUUUCUAUUACAUGUUCUUUAAGGUGGGGAAAGUACCUUUUGAUGAGAAUUGGUCUAUCAAGCCCAUGUAAAAACAUGUUCACUACUUUAUAUGUGAAUAGGUAUACAUAUCAACAGAAAAUACAUGCAUGGACAUUUUACAGAUGUUGUGAUCUGUGAACACUUCUUGUAGUGUUUCUUUUGCAGACUGAUUAUAGUCUACAGCUGUUUUCCAUCUUUAUUGGAAGUUAGUUCUAUUUAUUUCAAUGGUAUUUACUAGAAGGUCCAUUUUAAGGUUUAAAGAGCAGUGUGCUAUCAGUAACCUUCCCUUAUGGCAGAAUAAACACAGCUAUGAAGGCACCCUUUGUAAUGCAUAUUGGUAUCCUCACUAAACCUUAUGUUAAAAUGGUUCUAAAACCAACCCUUUUACCACCACUUGCCAGGAGUGUUUAUUGGGUAUUUCUAAAAUCCACAGAAGAGAGACCUUUAUUGACAGCAGUCUUAACAACUGACAAAUUUAUUAUGGCAUAAGCUUUGAUAAACUAGAUUCCACUUCAUCUGAUACAUUUGAUGAAGUAUACUGUAAUCCUUGAAAGCUGAUCCUAAUAAAUUUGACAGUCCUUAAAGUGCCAAAAGACCAUGUUGCCAUAAAUUUGCCU